UUUUUACAGAUUAAUUAUAAAAGAAUGAAUGAAUAAGCCGCAACAUAAGAAAUAUUUGUAUAGCUACAACGUAGUUUCGAAUACAGGGGUUGGGUAAAACGUUGGUAAACGUUUUUAAGCUAAACGUUUUUGAAAGUUGCGAGUGAAAAAACUUAAAAUGGCUGUUACAUUACACACUGAUUAUGGAGACAUCAAGAUAGAGUUGUUUUGUGAACAAUGUCCGAAAUCUUGUGAGAAUUUUCUUGCUCUUUGUGCGAGUGAUUACUACAAUGGUUGUGUGUUUCAUAGAAACAUUAAAGGCUUCAUGGUUCAAACGGGUGACCCCGAAGGCACAGGUAAAGGUGGCACAAGCAUAUGGGGAGAUAAAUUCGAGGACGAACUUUCCGACACCUUAAAGCACAACGUAAGGGGCGUGGUUUCCAUGGCAAACAAUGGACCAGACUCCAAUGGUUCUCAGUUCUUCAUAACCUAUGACAAACAGCCGCAUCUUGACUUGAAGUAUACAAUUUUUGGUAAAGUCAUAGAUGGAUUUGAUACACUUGAUGAAAUAGAAAAACAACCUGUAAACGAAAAGAACUACCGUCCUUUGAAUGAUAUACAUCUACUGAAUGUGACGAUACAUGUUAAUCCACUGGCAGGCUGAUCAGUUCGGAAUUUGACUUUCUUUGAUGGAUGGCAGCUUAGUGAUAUCAAAGUACAUGUAAUGACGGAGAAACUAAGAAAAGUGGCAUCUAACAUUCAGACUCAUUUUGAAAAUCAAUGUAUAUCAGUAUGAUGCUUUCACAUAUAUUAGUUUAUUCACCAAUCAAGGGCCCUCGGGGGGCAUGUACAUGUUAACAUAUGAUUAUAAAUUUACAUGGGGGAGGGGUCAUUGUGCAUGUGAAUGGAUUUGUUUGUUUUGCAUAUAAUCAUCAUAAAGUGAAUUAUUUGAA